AUGAACGCGUCGAUACAGAGCUCCCUCGCGUACGAGUACGCCCACGCGUGUACCUCCGCGGGAGUACAACCCAUUGACGAGUUCACCUCGUCCUUCCUCGGAAAACACGACACCUGCCGGCUCGUCGCCCCAAAUGGACUCGCCGGGCCGUCCGCGUCCGCGUCGCUCGAGAUCUGCGCCAAGUACCUCCCGCAGGUCCCGGUCUCGUUCCUCACCGUGCGCGGGUGGGAGGUGUCCCAGAAGGCGCUGCAGUCGCUCGUGGCGACCCUGGCGAGUUGCCCGCAGCUCAAGGGCCUCGUCAUCGACUCGUGCGUCAUCCAGGACGGCUCCCUCGUCGAGGUGCUCGAGGUGCUCGCGCAGAGGACGCACUUCGAGAAGCUCGGGCUCGUGAACGUCCAGGCCGGGGACUCGGCGGUCAUGGCGCUCACGCAGGGCCCGAUACUGGGCGCCACGUCGGCGCUGCGCAAGCUAACGCUGGGCGUCAACAACAUCACCGGCGCCGGCGUGCGCACGCUCGUCGAGCACCUCUCGAGCCCCUCGGGCGCCAACACCGCCCUCAAGGAGCUCGACGUCUCCGGCAACGCGAUCGGCGACGACGGCGCACGGCUGCUCGGCACGCUGCUGUCGGGCGCGGCGCCGGUGCGCCUGGACGGCCUCUUCGUGGACCAGUGCGGGAUCUCCCCCGUCGGGGCCGAGGACCUCCUGCGCCAGGUCGGACGCGGACACAAGCUCCGUGAGAUCUCCCUCAGCGGCAACCAAGUGGGCGACGCGGCGUUCUCGCUGCUCUCGGGCAUCCUCGACACGGGCGGCGCGCUCGAGGAGCUCAACGCGGCGCGCACGUCCGCCUCCGACGAAGCCCUCGCGUCCCUCUUCGACCACGCCGCGUCGCACCCGCAGCUCCGCGCGCUCGACGUCUCCGGGCAGCCCCUCGGCCCCGCCGCGCUCAGGGCCGCCACGCGCAUGAUCCAGUCCAGCGCGACGCUCCGGCGCCUCCGCCUCGACGUCGCCGCGCCGGCCGAGUCCGUCGACGUCGCGCGCGCCGUCGGCAUCAACCCCUCCCUCAUCGACGUCAGCGUGGGCGGCGCCGUGGACCCGUCCGCGCGCGAGAGCAUCGCGCGCCGCGUCAAGGAGAACGCGUCGGUCUUCGCGGGGCCCGUGCCCGGCGCGCACGCCGUCCCGGACCUCGCGCAAGCCAACGCCGCGUCCUUCAUGGAGGCGACGACGGCGCUCAUCGACGGCAGCCUCGGCAGCAACCCGCGGCCAGUGCGGACGAACUCGCAGGUCAGCGGGGUGUCGUGGAGCGGUCUGUCGCAGUCGGCGUCGCAGGUCAGCGGAACGCGCAGCCUGCGCCCGGGGCUGAACCGGCCGACGACCCCGACGGGGUCCACGCUCGGGCGCGAGCGGUCGGCGCGCGAGCAGGGCCCGACGCUCACGGCGGGCGGCGCGGCGUCCGUCGCGGCCAAGGUCUUCAACGAGGUCGACGUGGGGCACCAGGGCAGCCUCGACCUCCGCGGGAUGGUCCUCGCGCUCACGAAGCUCGGCGUGCUCGACGGGUACACGCAGAAGGAGGUCGAGCGCAUCGCGCGCAACGAGUUCCGCAUCGCCGACAUCUCCGGAAACGGCAAGAUCAAUCUGGAUGAGUUCACGCGGUACUACACGCAGCUGCUGGCGUCGCGGGCGCAGGAGCUGCGGAACGAGCGGCUGAACUCGACGAAGCUGAUCUCGUACCCGCCGGGGUACCGGCGGCACGAGGAGCUCCGGGAGGUGUUUGCGACGUUCGCGGCGUUCGGGGGCGGGCACGGGAAGGACCGGCAGAAGGCGGCGAAGGAGAUGGACGGGUCGCGGUUCUCGAAGCUGUGCAAGGACGGGCGGCUCGUGGAGCCGGACGGGCCGCUGAGCCAGUCGAGCGUGGACAUCAUCUUUGCGCGCGCCAAGCCCAAGUCCUCGAAGCGCAUCGACUUCAAGCACUUCCUGCGCGCGCUCGCGAUGGUGGCGCAGGAGGUCGGCGUGUCGUUCGAGGAGGUCGUCGAGAGCCUCGGCGUGCAGCCGCUCGCGCUCGACGUGGCGUGGAAGGCCCCGAGCCGGCGCAGCUCGCUGGCGAGCAGCAUGGUCUCGCGGUCGCGCGUGUCGGGGAUGAGCAGCCAGAUGGGGGCGUCGGCGUUCAUCGGGCUGGGCGGGCAGGGCAUGACGUCGCAGGAGGUGGCCGACCGGGCGCGCAUGGCCAGCAGCAUCACCGGCGGCGGCGCGCGGAGCGCGGUCGGGAGCGCCGCGGGGGGCGCGCGGCCGCUGCCGGGGCGGAGCCCGUCGAUGACGUCGCAGACGUCCGGUACGGGGUUCUUCCGGAGGUAUUACAAGAAUGACAGGGCGGUGAACACGGCGGCGGCGGAGGCGGCGGCGACGGCGACGGCGGAGGACACGUCGGCGAUGGUGACGGCGUACCUGAACUCGUCGGCGCCGAUGGGCGCCGCGGGGGGCUCGCAGGUUGGAGCGCCGAGCGGCGUCGGCGGCGCGGGCCUCGUCACGCCGUCGAUCACCAAGCAGCCCUCGCGCCUCGGCUCCACCGCGGGCUCGCAGUCCCCCCUCCACACCAAUUACACCACCCCCGCCUCGGACACCGUCGCGACGGGCCCCGGCGCCGUCACCUCGCAGCGCGUCACGGCCAUCGAGUCCAUGGCCCGCGACGCGCUGCAGCAGCUCCACCACCUCGAGCAGCGCUUCGUCGAGCUCGGGCGCGCUCAGGAGAACGUGGCGGCGGCGGCGAACGCCAGCGCGGGCGCGGGCGCGGGCGCGGGCGCGGGCGGGGCGGCGCUGCAGGCGCUCACGCAGCGCGUGGCGGCGCUGGAGCGCGGCGGCGCGGCGCAGGUGGGCGCGCAGAUUGGGUCGCUGCUCGAGCGGCAGGCGCGGAUCGAGCAGGCGCUGCUGAGCAUCGCGCAGCGCGUGGACCAGGUGGACAAGAACGUCAAGGCGGAGCAGGAGCAGAGCUUGAAGGCGCUCGAGGCGAUCCUGUCGGCGUCGAAGGCGCUGAUGAAGACGUGA